CCUUUCUCACUCACACACACACACACACACACACGCACACUUACUUUACUAAUCUUCACAAACUUAGCCUCUCCUCAAAAUUCACAUUUCUCCCCAAAAAAAAAAUCACAAUCAAAACAUGAGACAUCUCAUCCACUACAUCAUUCCUCUCACACUAGCAAUCACAAUCUCUCUCAUACUAACAUUCAACAAUAUCUCUCCCAAACCCCUCCCACCAUUCUCAUGCAGCCCCACCACCCCAUCCACCGCCUCCCUCCCCUUCUGUGACGCCCGUCUCCCCGUCGAGAGGCGCGCCCGAGACCUAGUCGGGCGCCUCACCCUCGACGAGAAGAUCGGCCAGCUCGUGAACAAGGCCGCGGCCAUACCCCGGCUCGGCAUCCCCUACUACGAGUGGUGGUCGGAGGCGCUGCAUGGCGUCGCCAUGGCGGCCGGAGUCGAGAACGGCUUCUCGUUCAACGGGACGAUCCGGGCAGCCACCAGUUUCCCUCAAGUCAUACUCACUUCAGCUACCUUUGAUGCUCAACUUUGGUACAAAAUAGCUAAGGCAACCGGAGAAGAGGGCAGAGCAAUAUACAAUGCAGGGGAGGCCACAGGCAUGACAAUGUGGUCACCAAACAUCAACAUCUUCCGCGACCCGAGGUGGGGCCGUGGCCAGGAGACCCCCGGAGAGGACCCCUUGGUCGCGAGCAGGUACGCUGUGGCGUUUGUCCGAGGGCUCCAAGGUGACGCCUUUGAAGGCGGCCGUCUCUCAAAUGACGGCCGCCUUCUGCUCUCUGCUUGCUGCAAGCAUCUCACUGCCUAUGAUUUGGAUCAUUGGAAGGGAAUUCACCGUUUCACCUUCAAUGCUCAAGUUACAAAGCAAGAUAUGGCAGAUACAUUCCAGCCACCUUUCAAAAGCUGCAUCCAAGAGGGGAAAGCCAGUGGGAUAAUGUGUGCUUACAAUCUCGUCAAUGGCGUCCCGAGCUGCGCUGAUCGACAUCUUCUGACCGAGACAGCUCGCAAAGAAUGGGGUUUCGAUGGCUAUAUAGUCUCAGAUUGUGACGCGGUUUCGCUCAUUCAUGAGAAGCAGAACUAUACAGACUCACAUGAAGACGCCGUCGCCGCAGUUCUCAAAGCAGGAAUGGAUCUCAACUGCGGCUCCUACUUGUCCGACCACGCAAAAUCAGCCGUCGAAAAGGGCAAGCUAUCGGAAUCCGACAUCGACAGAGCCCUCCACAACCUCUUCUCCGUCCGAAUGAGGCUCGGCCUCUUCGACGGAAACUCUAAAACCCAAGCCCACAGCAACCUCCGCCACAACGACGUCGUAUGCACCUCCGACCACCAACAACUCGCUCUCACCGCCGCACGCGACGGCAUCGUACUCCUCAAAAACUCCCAAAACCUCCUCCCCCUAUCCACCUCUUCCACCAAAACCCUCGCCGUCAUCGGCCCCAACGCAGACAACACCGAAACCCUAGUCGGAAACUACGCCGGCCCGCCCUGCAGCCCCAUCACCCUACUCCAGGGCCUUAAAAGAUACGCAAAGAAGACGGUGUUUCAUCGCGGCUGUGAUCCGGCCGGGUGCGACUACGAUGGGGCGGAGGGAGUGGCGGGGUCGGCGGACUAUGUGGUUGUGGUGGUGGGGCUGAGUCAGGGGGAUGAGAGCGAGGAAAUGGACCGGGAGGGUUUGGAGCUGCCGAGGGAGCAGGCGGUGCUGGUGGAGAGGGUGGCGGCGGUGGCGAGGAGUCCGGUUGUGGUGGUGGUGAUGUGUGGUGGAGGGGUGGAUGUUUCGUUUGCGAGAGAUGAUGAGAGGAUUGGGGGGAUUUUGUGGGCUGGGUAUCCCGGUGAAGGAGGAGGGAGAGCGGUGGCAGAGAUUAUCUUUGGUCAUCAUAAUCCGGGAGGACGGCUCCCCAUGACGUGGUAUCCACAAGAUUUUACUAAAAUACCCAUGUCUAAUAUGAGGAUGAGGCCCGACCUCGAAUCAGGCUACCCGGGGCGCACCUAUAGAUUCUACCAAGGUGAGAAAGUGUUUGAGUUCGGAUAUGGUCUUAGCUACUCGAACUAUACAUACAAGUUCGUCUCGGUUAGCCAAAGCAAGCUCAAUUUGAAGACAUCAUCACCCACUGAGAAUAAUAGCAAGCUUGAGAAAAAACUAGGGUUUGUUAGGGUUUCGGAUAUCGGAUUGGAUUCUUGCCAUAAGGCGGGGUUUUCGGCUCUAGUUAGUGUCGUAAAUGAAGGGAGCAUGGUCGGGAAGCAUCCGGUGCUGCUUUUUUUUAGGCGGGAUCAAGGUCGGUUUGAUGCUCCGAUCAAACAGUUGGUCGGGUUUCGGACAGUGAGGUUGGAGGGGAAUGAGAGGGAAGAUGUUGAGUUUGAAGUGGAUCCAUGUCAACAUUUUGCUAGUGCUGAUGAAGAUGGAGUGAUGGUGAUUGAAUUAGGGCUGCAUUUCUUGGUUGUGGGAGAUCAAGAGUUUUCUAUUACUAUAAAUGUGUGAUCAAUUAUCAUGUGUUUGGAUGUGAGAUUGUUGAAUAAUUAAUUGUAGUUUGAACGAUAAUUAAUGGUGGUGAUUAAUGUAACUUGUUUGAUUGCCAUAUUUGAAAUAUUAAAUAUGAUGAAAUUAGAAAUGACUAAA